AUGGACAAAAUUGGAGAGCAGCUUAAUAAAGCUUAUGAAGCCUAUCGACAAGUAUGCAUGGAUAGGGAUCAUGCUGUGAAAGAACUACAGCAGAAAACAGAAAACUACAUGCAGCAAAUACGUGAACAGCAGGAAAAGAUAGAGCUUCAAAACAACAUUAUUGCAAAACUGAAAUCACAGUUAGCUGCUCUGAAUGCUAAUAGAGGUAAUGUACAUCCUUACAUUGUGAUGCAUGAAGACAUUGAAACCUCCAACUUAUCUUUCAGCCAGCUCUCUGAAAAACUGAACGUAGCAAAGCAAAGAGAAAUACUUUUGAAG